CGGAGUUGAGGCAGCAGUCAUUUCAUAUUCCCUGCACAUACUAACUCUACUUACUUAGUAAUUACUAAGUACAAUGAGGAAAAGAGUUAGGCCUACUGAACAUUCUGAUGGCGAGAAUGUGUCCUCAUCCUUUCGCAUGCAGACGAAAACAACCGUUUGCCAGGAAAAGAAGGGGCUGGCAUCAAAAUUCUGGUUUUGGGUAAAAAGUGCCGCAUUUGCACUUUGUGCUAUUAUUAUUAUGAUGCCUAUCUUGGAGGAGAUUCCUGAAAUAAUAAGGCAGCGUGUAUAUUAUCAUCGAAUCAGAGCACCCUUUGUGUUUGAUCUCAGUCAUCCGGCUGAACUGGAACUAAAUCACACCAUCAACAUGUACCUUGAACCUGAAGAAGGAAUCUCCCUUGGCAUAUGGCACACUGUCCCGGAUGAUAAGUGGAAAGAAGCUCAAGGAAAGGACUCUGCAUGGUACCACAGAUCUCUGAAAGAUGGAAGUCCAGUUAUCAUUUAUCUACAUGGAAGAACACAGACAAGGGCAGCCAAGCAUCGCAUUGGAGUGGUCAACGUAUUGAGUUCCAUUGGUUGCCAUGUGUUGUCAAUGGAUUACAGAGGGUUCGGUGACUCGACUGGAAACCCCACGGAGGAAGUCCUUACCAAGGACGCUGUCUGGCUGCACCGUUGGGCUAAAGAGAACAGCGGAGGCAGCCGGGUGCUUAUCUGGGGACACUCUCUUGGAAGCGGAGUGGCUACAAACACAGCUGUCAGAUUAAUGGAGCAAGGUGUGCUAGUUGACGCUGUGAUCCUGGAAGGUUCAUUUAAAAAUGUACAGAUGUAUUGGCCUCAAAAUCCCUUCGAAAUGUAUUCAUGGACGAUAAAAAGGCUCAUAUUGAGAGACGAAGUGGGCGAUAUGAUCUUCCCUAAUGACGAGAAUGUAAAGAAGAUGAGAAGCCUGCUUCUGUUCCUUCAUUCAGAGGAUGAUCCUUUAACUACGCUUCGUAACGUUGAACAGAUGUAUCAGGCAGCGCUAAGUGUCCAGGGUGACAAACGAGUCAGGAUGGUAACGUUUGAAGGCUUUCUAGGGUAUCUGCAUAUGGGAUUAUAUAAAGACCCUCGCCUGCCCGCCAUCAUCAAGAACUUUGUGGUUACAACAGAAGAAAUGUCGUGAAGAUCUUCAGAAUGGCCUCGCCUUGCAGGGAACGAUGACGUAAAUUUACACAUCACAUGAAUUGAGAGGAUAUACAUUUUAUUACGUUAAUAUAAUUCCAAUGACUUUGUUUGAUUGCCCUUACAUUUCUGUUAAACAGUAUUGGUGCUGAUGAAUUGUUCACAAUACUUAUAUGUAUAUGUAUUGGUAAAUUUAUGUUAAUAAAUAAUUUGGUUAAAAAAUAACCCAGGUCUCUGAGCUUGACAAUGACAUGGUUUCACACAAACAGUAAAAGGCCUGCCUCUUUCCUUUUCUUUUCUUUACAUUAGAGACAUGUAUACAUAUAUAUAAAGGAUGCUUAACACUUAAAAGACAGCAAUAUUAAUACAGGAACAGGGGAUGCAGAAUAUCACACUGUUUCAUGGAUUAGUAUAAUGGUGGGUUUGAGGUGUGUGUCGUUAUAAGCCAUCAGCUUGUAGAAGGCAUGCGACACCAUAGUGUAUCCCUUAUUGCAAACCGUUCCCUUAUAAGGUUCACCUGUGGGGUGAACCUCGGGAACCAGGGGUGUCAGUGCUUCUUUGGCCCAUAAGGGCUUAGGUUUGGCCUCCUCCGCUCUGACCGAGAGGAGGCCCCGGGGAAUACCAGGACUAUUUUUAUCAGGUGCGACCGAUUUGUGUACUUCUCCUGCUUUGAUUAACGAAAACUUUUAAAAGAGGGAGGAAACGUUACCCUUGUUGUA